AUGGGCACCGCUGCCAUCUCCUGCCGCCGGCCCCCAGGUACGGGGCAGGCCCCCGGCCCCGGCCCCGCCCCCGGCACUGAGGCACGGCCCACGGCUCGGGACGCGCACGUGCUGCCGCCUCGUGGCGGCCCGCGCGCACCGGGCCCCGCCUCAUACUGCUGCCCUGCUGCGCUGCGCUGCACUGCCUGCCCUGCCUCAUGCUGCUGCCCUGCUGCGCUGCGCUGCACUGCCCGCCCUGCCUCCACAGAGGGUGCCAGCGCUGGCCCUGAUGUGCAGCAGAAAGCGUCCGGCAGCGGCAUGGCGAGGACAGUUCUGACCCUCUGCCUGCUCCUUGCUGCUGUCCUGUGGGGUGGCCUGACACAGGCUCUGGGACCCAUGGCUCGCCCUGGCCCCUUGCUGCUGAGACUGCAGCGGCUGGAGAAGCAGUUUCUCCGGCUCCAAGAGGUGACACUGAGCCAUCUCCAGAGCAUCGCUGAGAACUACAACAUCUCCUACAACAUUGAUGGACGCUUCUGGGUGCUGAUGGAGCAGGUGGAGGCAGCUGCUGCUGACCGAGCUGCCCUGGGCACUGAGCUGGCUCGCUUGGACACUGCCAGCCGGCAACUGCACCGCAGGCUGAAGCGGCUGGAGGGGACAGUGGGUGCCCUGAACCCAGCUUACCUACCACUCACCCACCCACGACGUGCACUAGCAGAGGCUGGCACCAAGCUGCACAGCCUGACAGACGCUGCCCAGAGCUGGGGCAGCCAGCUGGAGCAGGAGCUGCAGGGCCAGGUGGCCCCCAGUAUCCUCAGCCAUCAGCCCCUGAAAGCAAAGCAGAGGGAACCACACCGACAGGAAGAAGGGCAUCAGCUGCCAGCUGAUGCCAAGCCUGAUGGAGUACCUGGAGAGGAUGCAGAGUUCCCUCAUGACGCAGUACCAGGACCUCAGGCUGUGACACUGAUGGUCCAAACUGUGACUGUGGUCCCCCAGGUGCAGCCACUGGCAUCCCAGCAGUCAGGAGAGGAUAGGUACAGGACCCCUACCCUGGUGCCCAGCUCCCCAGCCUGCCACACUGGUGCUGUCCUGCUCUUCCCCAACACCUCUGCCAAGCACAUGGCCAUCCUGGAGCUGGAGCCACACCAGGAGCUGCAGGCACUGUCACUCUGUGCCUGGCUGGCCACCUCAGCCCCCAGCCUCGGUGCCCUCAUCUCCUACAUCACUCAGGAUGGUGGCAGCAAACUGGCUGUGCGUGGCCAUGAUGGGGACCUCUCUGGCUCUGCACAGUUUGUCAUUGGGGAAGGGCAGUUUCGGCAGCUCCCAGUGAUGCCACUCCUGGAUGGCAAGUGGCACCACCUCUGUCUCACCUGGUCCUCCAGCCAGGGCCAGUACCGCUUCUACGUGGACAGGCGGCUGCUGGCUGCUGGCUCUGGCUUCCAGCAGGGCUAUGAAAUUCCCGCUGGUGGCUCAUGGGUGUUAGGCUGGGAGCAGGAUCACCCUGGAAGGGUCUUUGGCACCACAGCUUUUGUAGGUCACCUGGCUGGCUUUGGUCUCUGGAGCCGAGCUCUCCUGCCCGGGGAGGUAGCCAGCAUGGCAACAGGCCAGGGGCUGUCCCAUGGCCCCCUCCUCAUGCUAGACAAUGCCUCCCUGCAGGGUGAAGUGCAGAAGGUGGUGUGCUCCUGCCCCCAGCACUGCCUGUGA